AUUUCAAUGUCUCAAGGUGCGCCGACGAUCGAAAUGGACAAGUACGAUGAAAAUAUUCUGAGACUAAACAUUAAAAUACGAGAUUUACUCACUCAAAUCGACAGGUUGGAGUCAAAGAAUCGUAUACUCAGCAACGAAAACAGUGUUCUGAUAGAGGAUGUGGCUAACUUUCGUGCGAAAUAUGGUCUCGCGGAGGAGGCCAGACUGAAGUGCAAAGAAGUGGCGGAGAAGGAACUCGAACGCAGUCAACAGCAGCAUGAAGCAUAUCAGCUACUAAAGAAACGAUACAACGAGCUUAUCAAGGAAUAUGUUGCUCAGAACCAGAAAUUACAAUCAUUAGAAAGUGUUGCCAACACAAAGCAUACGCGUAAGAGGAAAGAACGAAUUCCGGUCGAGAUUAUAGGAAGUGUUACUGACAUCGAUAAACCCAAGGCCCUAGGGGAAAAAAUCGUCACACUAGAAAGCCGAUGUAGCGCUUUGGAGAAGGAACUUGCCAAGGCGUACUCUAUGAUCGAUGAUUUAGAAUUUGAACUAGAGACGAUCGAUCACCUAGAAAACAUGAACGAGGAAUUGGAAAGGCAAAUCAAGGAUCUGAAGGUGGAGUUAGAUCGGUAUAGGCGAUUUGUACCCUCGGAGCCUUUGUCAGCCAACACCGUGACCUCAUCCACACACCAAACACCAUCCUACUCAUUCGACAACCUUCACGAGGCAAUACAACCGGCAGACUCGCAGGAGAAGGUUGAAAGGGAUCCCGUCUCGCCUACAUUGUCGGGACUAUUUUUCGAUAGUGAAACACAUAUUACCUCUGGCAAUGUGUCCGAAUCGCUCGAAGUGAAGGAUAAUAAUUCUGAAACAAUGCCACAAAAUAUGUAAAUUAAGAUGAAUUGUUAUCACUAAAAAAUUGCAUAAUUAAGUUAAUAACUGAGAAGUAAGUAAUUGUGCGGUACUACGACGAGAGUGAAAAGCAUUGCAUAAUCUACAAUGGAACAAUAUCGAACAGAGCUACCUCGAAAGACGAAGAAACGACAAGAGGCAAGAGCAUACAACCAUGACGAACCAAUCGUUACGAGCAAAAUUUCUUCCCUUCGGAACAAGCUCCAUAACAUACAGGGAAAUAACGCAUAAAACCGUGCAAGAUAUGACCGUGAGCAUUCAGGUAACGGAUUUGCAUACACCAAUCCCGUCUACGCUACUAAUAGUAAAAACGAAUAAAAAA